AUGUUGUAUGAGUUGAAAUUCAAUGUGCAUAACACACAUCUAUUCUUAGGUCCAAUUAGCUAACCCACAAGGCAUGUUGAUCAUAAUAAUUGCAUUCCUUGCCAUUCUCUCUUUUGUAGUAUUUUCUUUUUUUCUUGUAACUCCUACAAAAAAUGCGAAGUUUAAUCCUCCACCAGGACCUAAAGGGAUUCCCAUCAUCGGAAACCUACACCAAUACGACACCUCGAAACCACACGUCUACUUCGCCAAUCUAGCCAAGAUCUACGGCCCGAUCUUGAGCUUACGGUUAGGAACCUUACCCGUUGUUGUGGUUCAAUCAGCCAAACUCGCGAAGGAGGUCCUUCAAACACAAGACCUCAACUUUUGUAGCAGACCGCCUUUGGUUGGUAUCCAAAAGCUAAGUUACAAUGGUUUAGACAUAGCUUUUGCACCAUAUGGUGAGUAUUUUAGCGAGAUAAAGAAAAUUAGUGUUGUUCAUCUCUUUAACUCUAAGAGAGUGGAAUCCAUGGCUCCUAUUCGGGAAGAAGAAGUUUCUAGAAUGAUUAAGAAGAUAUCAUCUCUCUCUUCUUCUUCAGAAAUUGUUAAUUUGUCUGAAUUGUUAAUGAGUUUUACAACUUCGAAUAUUUGUAGAAGUGCUUUUGGUAAGAGGUAUGAAGAUGAAGAAGGGGCAAGGAGCAAAUUUCAUAGCAUGCUAAAUGAAGCUCAAGCCUUAUUCACAACAUUUUUCUUUACCGAUUAUUUUCCUUCGAUUGGAUGGCUUGAUAAUUUAACUGGACAAUUCUCAAGACUUAAUAAAACAUUCAAAGAUUUGGAUGCAUUUUAUGAAGAGAUCAUAAAUUACCAUCUUGACCCUAACAGGCCAGAAUCUGACAUUGAGAAUUUCACUGAAGUUCUACUACAUAUCAAGAAAGAGCGCUCUUUUGAGAUUACUUUGGAUCACAUCAAAGCAGUGUUAAUGAUUAUAUUUGUAGGGGGAAGUGAUACAAGCUUAGCAAUCGUAGUUUGGGCUAUGACAGAGCUAAUGAAAAAUCCAAAUUCAAUGAAAAAAGUACAAGAAGAGCUCAGAAAUGCUGCCCAAAACAAGGGCUACAUCAACAAUAACGACCUCAAAGAGCUUGAAUAUUUCAAGGCAGUAGUAAAGGAAACAUUUAGACUACACCCUGCAGUUCCUUUGCUAGUUGUGCGUGAAACAAUCCGAAAAAGUACCGUUCAAGGUUACGAUAUUCUACCUAAAACGUUAGUAUACGUGAAUGCGUGGGCUAUUGGAAGAGAUCCCGAAAUUUGGAAUGAACCGGAGAAAUUCAUGCCAGAAAGAUUUUUAGAAAGCUCGAUAGAUUACAAAGGAUAUGACUUCGAAUUAAUUCCUUUUGGUGCUGGAAGAAGGAUAUGUCCUGGUUUGCUUCUUGGUGUUGUUAACAUGGAACUUGCACUUGCCAAUUUGUUGUACUCUUUUGAUUGGGAAUUGCCUGAUGGUUUAAACAAGGAAGAUAUCGACUUUGAUGUGCUACCGGGCAUUACUAUGCAUAAGAAAACUCCACUAUGUCUCUUGGCUAAAAAAAUUACUUGAUUUGUUUGCCUUUCUAAAGUAUGAGUUUUGCGAUAUAGAAGCGUAAUAUGUCUCUCAUAUAUAACACUGAAAUAUGUAUGUCAGAGGAGGUCAUAGUUUAGAUAAAGGGUUGCUUUAAUAUGUAACCAUGUUGUAUGUUAUUUGUUUUUUUAAUAAAGUAAUAAAAACGUCACGUAAUUCAUAUUU